AUUGAUCUGCAGCGAAAGUCCAACGAAGAAGUAGAGUAGCUUCUUACUGCUAGCUGGCUAAUCGUCGUUUCUUUUUCGAGCUGGAAUUAUGGCACCUUUAGACCUCGAUAAGUACGUGGAAAUCGCAAAACAUUGCAAAUAUUUGCCAGAAAAUGACCUAAAGAGACUUUGUGAUUAUGUUUGUGAUUUGCUGCUGGAAGAGUCAAAUGUUCAGCCAGUUGCGACUCCCGUUACAGUUUGUGGAGAUAUUCAUGGUCAGUUUUAUGACCUCUGUGAACUCUUCAGAACUGGAGGCCAAGUGCCAGACACGAACUAUAUUUUCAUGGGAGACUUUGUCGACAGAGGAUAUUACAGUUUGGAGACAUUUACAUACCUACUAGCUUUAAAAGCCAAGUGGCCCGAUCGUAUCACUCUUCUAAGAGGAAACCACGAAAGCAGACAAAUAACACAAGUGUACGGCUUUUAUGAUGAAUGUCAAACAAAGUAUGGAAACGCCAACGCCUGGAGGUACUGCGCCAAAGUGUUUGACAUGCUGACUGUGGCAGCUUUAAUAGACGAGCAGAUCCUCUGUGUCCAUGGUGGACUUUCACCAGACAUCAAGACUCUGGACCAGAUCCGAACCAUCGAACGCAAUCAAGAGAUUCCUCACAAGGGGGCCUUCUGUGAUCUGGUGUGGUCCGACCCGGAGGAUGUAGACACAUGGGCUAUAAGUCCUCGUGGAGCUGGAUGGCUGUUUGGGUCGAAGGUCACCAAUGAGUUCGUCCACAUCAACAGCUUGAAGCUCAUCUGCCGUGCUCACCAGCUGGUUCACGAGGGCUACAAGUUCAUGUUCGACGAGAAGCUGGUGACCGUGUGGUCAGCCCCCAACUACUGCUACCGCUGCGGAAACAUCGCCUCCAUCAUGGUCUUCAAGGACGUCAGCAGACGAGAGCCCAAGCUGUUCCGCGCCGUCCCAGACUCGGAGCGCGUCAUACCUCCACGGACGACCACGCCCUACUUCCUCUGAUGACUGAAGCCCCAGAGAUCCCUGCUCUUGAAAAAUAUUUAUAUGCAGCUGAUUGAAAUUAAAAAUAAUUUGUCAUUGAGGGUCAACAGCUUUUUCUGUGGUGAAGAGUUGCUGAUCCGGUGCUUGCACCACACCCCCCUUCCUCGUGAUAAAACUUAAAUUAGAGGCGGUAAAGUUGAAAAAUGUGGAUUUGGAACUACUGUAAAGGAAAGUUUUGUGCGUUAGCAUAGACACGAUUUUUUAUUUUCUGCUCCCAUUUCUCAAGAACUGUUUUGUUUUUCUUUGGAUUAUUCUUUUGAAUUUGUGGAAAAGUGUUGUCUCUGCAUAAACCCCUGCGGUCCACGCUGCAACACCCACUUAGCCCUCCACACUUUAGAUAUAGCUUUGUAAUUUAUUUGACGUCAAAAUGAAGGGCACAAUUUUUACCCUUUUAUUUUUUAUAAUUGCCAAAAAGAUGCUGUCUUAUGCUCACAUUUCUCUGAGCCUUUUUUUCCCUUCAGCUCAUCCUGUGUGUGGAUGUCACAGGGAGGAUCCAUGCUUUUUGGGGUUUCCUCUGCCAGUGCUUUGAUGGAAAUCUGCCAUCUCAUGACACGGCAGUCCGGCUUCAUCUCUUCUUCCUGUUCUGAAAUUUAAAAAAAUGUUCAGUAUGUUUUGUGAAAAGUAGUUGCUCGAGUCAUGAAAUGUGUCAGUGUUGUAACUACUGAUGAAAUGGAGUGAUUGCUGAUGUGAAUGCAUUGAUCCAGUUCCUCCGUUCUGUUUUUUUCAGUGUCUUCUGUCUGAAAGUAACUUUUGACAUUAAAUACUUGGUCAACAAAA